AUGAACCUCUGCCAAUCCCUCAGCACAGUGCCAAGACGGCUGGCCCCAAAGCUUGGGGGGACGUGCACCUCAGCUCGACGCCAAGACCUGGAGCAUCAUCACCAAUCCAAUUCCAAUCUCGGCCAGCUUUUGUCUCCAAACCGACAACCGAAACACAAACCGCCCACCAUGAAGCCAUCCCACGUACUCUCCGCCUUCGCGGCCCUCGCAACAGCUGUCACGGCCCAAGAAUACGACGACGAUGUUACCUAUACUUCCUCUCCCACUGGGCGCAUAGCACCAGUCUACAUUCAACCCAUCUCGUCUUCCUCCCCGCCGGUCCUCCUCGCCGAACUAAACUACCACCCCUCUUCUUCCACCAACCCCUCCUCAGAGGAGGAUGCGCCAACUCCCUCCGUCCUGAGCUAUGAACCCCCCGAAUUCGACCCCGAGACGAAGCUUGUUAGAGUUGGGGUGUAUGAUGAGAAAACAGGGAGAUGGGCCUCCUCGGCGGCGGUGGUGUCCGUGGAGAACUUUGGGCAGGGGUACCAGCCGAACUUUGUGCUGAAUGUGGAUGAGAAGGGGGAGGAGGUGGUUGGGGUUGUGGUGAGGGGGGUGAGGGUUGAUGCUGGGCAGACGAGGAAUUUUGGGCCGAGGGUGGUGGUUAGGGGGAUGGAGAGGGGGAGGCAGCCGGGGUUGGGGAAGCCGGUUGUGCUGAGCGCUGAGGGGAGGAAGGUGGAGGUUGAGGAGAGGAGUUUUCUUCAAAAGUACUGGUGGGCGAUUCUUUUGGGUGCUGUUUUGCUGCUGGGAGGUGGUGGAGAUGGGAAAUGA